AUCCACAAAUCGUGGCGGAUGAAAUUGGCGGCCUGGAAAUUACAAUCAUCGUGACGAUCGUAGUGGCGUGCGUGUGCGUAUCACUAGUCGUGGUUGUCGUCUCGCGCUGCGUGUACCAGGCCAAACACGACCGGGGCAAUUCAACAUCGGACGAGAGCAGCAGGAUGGCGACUCCCAUCAAUAUUGUGACAUUACCGCAGGAGGAUAAGGAGAAAGAGAAAGGCAGUGUGGCGUGGCAGGACUUACCCAAUUGCUACGUACCGGAGUCGUGUACGGCAUCACCGAAAAAGAAAAGCGUAAAGGAGUCCGCUAGUUACAUUGUGCAGCCCACGCCUAGCUCCACGCCGAGUAGACCGAUCACGCUGAAACCGCAGCAGCAGGGUGGCAGCACACCGGACACCACGGCAAAUCAGUCGGACGCCGCCACCGACCUAGACAGUGUGUUCUGUACGGUGACGCCCAUGCAGGCAUUGAGCUUACGCGGUGAUUCACCGCCGCAGACCACUAGCCAAUCGGGUACGCCGAUACUACUCAGUAGUCAUCUCGGCGCAAACAAGAGCAACAGACUCUCGGCGGGUCAAGUGUCACUAGACGGGCCAGAGUACGCACUGCAACGUGGCACGUCGGAACGCGCGUCCACACGCUCUGCUAACAAUACUCUGGGUCGGCCUCUGAAUCCCAGCCCUCUGUCGACUGACCGGUCCCCAGUGCAUGCUGUCAGAGCAGGUGCGGUGCUGUCGGGGACAACCACCAGCACCGCUAGUGGACAGAAUCUCGCAAUGUACCCGGGUUCCCUAACUCCCGGCUGGCCAACGGUCGUCACCUCCAACGGUGUUCGACUGCAGACUGAACGGCGAAUGCACGGACCGGACGAUCAGUAUCGGCAUCCAGAGGACGAUCAGAUCCACCUGCUCUAUAGCAGCACACCAUCGUAUGGUAACCCGUCACCUAACACGACAAUGCGGGGCCGUUCAAACACUCUGCCCUAUCCUGAUCUCAUCUAUUCCUAUGACUCGCUGAAGGCCGAGGUGGACAGUCUGCGGCGAAAGGCAUCGGCCCGGCAAGGGAGCAGUGUCGACUCGAGGCAGCAAUCGGCACUGCACACCGCUGACGUCUGAGGUAUACUGUGAUAGCAGCAGUGUCGACUCCAGGCAGCAAUCGGCACUGCACACCGCUGACGUCUGCCGUAUGCUGUGAUAGCAGCGUCGCCAUAAGGUCAGUUCUGCACGGGCAGGCAUGCUAUGAACCAGGCAGCACUGAGCCACUGAGACUUGCACGAGUACGGUAUGAGCUGCCCUGUCUUCGGCUAUAAGGUAUUACGACAACUCAGGUGUCUGGAUGCCUUGUACAUUAGCACACACAUGACAGUGUGUAUGGGCUGAUUUCGCGCACUCAGCGUUAUGUACGUACAUGUGCCUUAUAAAUAUAUACACGUGAGUGUACUGGAGAGAAGAGAAUUGGCGUGACUUCAACUAGUUCUAGGCGAUAUGACAGUUGGACAUCAUAUGCGGCCAUGGUAAAGUUUAUUGAAUGUUGAUUUUUGAGCCGGCAGAAAAUACUUUUGAUUCACAGCGGACAUAUGCGACACUGUUGAUGUAAUUAUGUACAAUAUGAAAUCAUGAAAAUCAUGCUGGCAUGCCGUAUUACAGCUGGGGACUAUCAACACUAUUGAGUGAGAAUCUGUAUUAUUACCAUACAGUUUAGAUCUAUGGAGGAAGUCCAAGGUCCAGCACAUUAUGUGUAUGCAUCGUAAUCAUGAUUCUGAUGGCUUACUUCCGGUUGAUAUCUCAAUACUGUUA